GGAUACAAAACAACAGAAACCUACCUGAUCCAAUCUUUUAUGGUACUCUCUAGCUAGCUACCAUGGCCACACCCUCAAACACCAACUUCAACUCCCAUAUCUCAGGAAAACAAAGCAUUCAGAACCAGAAAGCUUUAGCUGCAGAACAGUUUCCUUGGUGGUUUUCACCAGAAACGGGGAUUUACCAAAGCAAACACCUUUCCAUUGACCUCCCAUCAGACCCUUUUCUUGAUGUUGUCUCCUUCAUUUUCUCAUACCAGCAUGAUGGGCUCUACUCCUCUGUCAAGUCCAUGGCCUCUAGUCUCCAGCAAAUGGGCAUCUCACAAGGUGAUGUUCUUUUGCUUCUUUUGCCAAAUUCAAUUUACUAUCCCAUUGUUUUCUUGGGUGUUUUGUACCUUGGUGCUAUUGUCACAACCAUGAAUCCCCUCAGCAGUGUAGCGGAAAUCAAGAAACAGAUUGCUGAGACCAAAGCAUGUCAUGCUUUUACUGGACCUGAGAAUGCUGAUAAAUUACAAGCAUUGGGCCUUCCUGCAAUUAUGGUACCAGAACAUGCAAUUUCUUCGGGUUUGAAGGAGGACAUUUUUUCGGUCUUUUAUAAGCUUAUUUAUAGUAGGUUUGAUUUGGCUCCAAGGCCAGUGAUUAAGCAGCAAGACACUGCUGCAAUAAUGUAUUCGUCCGGGACUACUGGUGCGAGCAAAGGUGUUAUGCUGACACACAGGAAUUUCAUAGCUACAGUUGCCCAUUUUGUGCGUUUUGAGGCUUCACAGUAUGAGGGUUCAAGCUUGGAUAAUGUGUAUUUAGCUGUUCUGCCAAUGUUUCAUAUAUAUGGGUUGUCACUUUUCGUGAUGGGGUUGUUGUCUUUAGGAUCUAGAGUUGUUGUGAUGAAGAGAUUUGAUGUCAAUGAGGCGAUCAGGGCAAUUGAUAGGUAUAAAGUUACGCACUUCCCAGUUGUUCCACCAAUAUUGACAGCAUUGACAACAAGAGCCAAGGAUGGCUUGGCCCCUCAUACCCUCAAGAGUUUAAAGCAGGUUUCUUGUGGUGCAGCUCUGUUGAGCAUGAAAACCAUAGAGGACUUUGUUCAAACCCUUCCUCGCAUUGAUCUCAUUCAGGGCUACGGCAUGACUGAGACCACCGCGGUAGGAACUCGCGGUUUCAACACCGAAAAGCUUAGGAAACCCUCUUCAAUAGGGCUUUUAGCUCCAAACAUGCAAGCUAAAGUGGUAGACUGGAACACUGGAUCCCCUCUGCCUCCAACAAGUAUUGGUGAGCUAUGGCUACAUGGACCGGGGAUUAUGAAGGGCUACUUGAACAAUGCCAAGGCGACAUUGUCAACAAUUGAUGAAGAGGGCUGGCUACACACUGGAGACAUUGUGUUUUUUGAUGAAGAUGGAUACUUGCAUCUACAAGACCGCUUGAAAGACGCGAUCAAAUACAAGGGCUUUCAGAUUGCUCCUGCAGAUUUAGAAGGUGUGCUGAUCAACCAUCCCGAGAUACUUGAUGUUGCUGUGGCAGGUGCUAUUGAUGAAGAAAGUGGAGAGGUGCCUGUGGCUUUUGUGGUGAGGAAGCACAGAAGUGAACUAAACCAUGAAGCUGUCAUGGAUUUUGUGGCUGCACAGGUUGCUCCAUACAAGAAGGUCAGGAAGGUGGUGUUUGUAGAUUCAAUUCCGAAGUCUCUAGCUGGGAAGAUCCUAAGAAGGGAGCUUAGGAAGUUUUUGAAUUCUAGACUCUAG